AUGAGCUCGUGGGUGCAAGGCUUUGUGCAGGGUUUAGCACAAGAUUACGCUACAGAUAAGUGGAAUGGAUACGCUGAAGUAAAGUUUCAGCCGACAAGAGACCCCUUCUAUGAGAAGACUGCCAACGGCAAAACCAGGAGACGGAAACUCCCCGACUACUGCUCUCAGAGAGAAAAGAAGCUGUGGAAGAAGCUGCAAAAUCGAGCGUGGAAGGACGAUAGGUGUCUAUGCGGUUGCCUGUGGGUAAAUUGGGGUCUUGGCUUAGCGCCUGUCCUAUCGAUUAUUCCCACGAUCGGCCCUAUAAUAAUGUACAUGGUUCACUCCAAACUGAUUUCGAUGGCAGACAAGGAACUCUCACUGCCGGCAGAUAUGAUAGCCAAACUGCACGGCAACAUUAUGUUGGACUUGUUAAUUUCGCUUCCGCCGUUGCUUGGCACGCUUUUAGCGUGGUUGAAUGCGUGCUCAACGAGAAAUUGUGCGUUAAUUUACAACUACAUGGCCAAAAAUGCGACCAAAAAGCACAACGCCAUGGUUCAACAGGAACAGUUAUACACUAGCCCAGCAGGCGUACCACCCCCAGGGCCAGCGGCUUACCAAAAAACAAAUGCAUACAGGCCAGAGUACCAGGGAAACCGACCUGCACCUCCUCCGCCCGCGACGAGAGCAGUCUCUCCUGGCGCGCGUACACAACAGGCAGCGCAGAUGCCACCGCAGCAAAUCUCCUCCCGACCGGCACCUCGUGCGGCAUGGUGA